AUGUUUACUAAAGGAACUUAUGGAUUACUUAGAUAUGGAUCUAGAGUAUAUGUGUCGGAUAUUGAUGAUUUGAGGCGAGAGAUUUUAAAGGAAGCCCAUGUGGCUGCAUAUGUUAAGGUAGAGCAUCAAAGGCCUAUAGGAUUGUUACAACCUUUAUUUGUUUCUGAUUGGAAGUGGGAGCAUAUUUUUAUGGACUUUGUGACUGGAUUACCCCGCAAGAGUAAGGGGUAUGAUUUUAUAUGGGUAAUUGUUGAUAGACUGACUAAGUCCGCUCAUUUCUUACUAGUGAAGACCACCUAUGGAGCAGCACAAUAUGCUAGGCUGUAUAUUGAUGAGAUAGUGCGGUUAGAUGGAGUUCCAAUCACCAUAGAGAUAGUUCAAGAGACCGCUGAUAAGAUUCAGUUGAUUAGAGACAAGAUGUUGGUGGCACAGAGUCAUCAAAAGUCAUAUGCCGACCAUAGACAUCGAGAGUUGGAGUUUGAGGUUGGUGACCAUAUGUUCUUGAGGGUUUCUUCAACCAAGGGCAUUAUGAGGUUUGGUAAAAAAGGCAAGCUAAGCCCAAGGUAUAUUGGACCUUUCGAGACUUUAGAGAGAUUUGGAGUAGUGGCUUAUCGAUUGGCACUUUCGUCGAAUCUCACUAAUGUUCAUCCCGUGUUUCAUGUUUUGGUACUAUGGAAGUACCAACCAGACCCAUCACAUGUGAUAAAACAUGAGUCCCUACAGUUGGGAGAUGAUAUGAGUUACAAGGAAGUACUAGUAGCCAUACUAGAUAGGCAAGUGAAAAAGUUACGCUCCAAAGAGAUAGCCUCGGUCAAGGUACAAUGGCGUGAUCACACAAGGGAAGAGGUGACUUGGGAAGUCAAGGAUCACAUGUGA